AUGUCCGACACUGGCUUGGCCGCGAGGGUCACACAGUUAGAAGGUCGUCUUGAAGCGGUUAAGAACGCGCUGCAGACUUUUGAGAUCUGGCUCCAGUCCUACGAAGAACGCUCAGCCGCGCACAAGCUAGAGGUGUCCUCAGAACGACAUAAAGCGUCGCCAGUCUCGCAUCGCCCUGGUUUCCCCUAUCCGUCACCCUCUCACCUUGCUGUUCUCAGACGAUCUACCUUAUGCUCAUACCAAGAAGCGGCCGUCAUUGUCAUUGCACAAAGAUCCUACCGACGGAGGAAGACGGGUGGGCUUGCGAACGUCAAAGACGAGGUCAAGGCGGAUGCUAACAUCUUUAACCUCCCACGAGUCGCGCCUUGUCCAGCUCUCGGAAUCUUGAACCCUCGGCCCCAAAAAAGCAGGAGGCCUGUAUCAAGACUCCUCUCCAACUCCUUCUCGCCCUUCAAAAAGGCUUCUCAGCCGAGCAGCGUCUGCAAGAACGACAACGAACCCCAUACUGCGAAACUCCAUAUCGAACCUUUACAUCGACAACCUCGACCACCAAAAAAUGCGAUCAAUCCUAGGUUUGUGACCUCGACGGGUCUGUGCACGCGAUAUAGCUCAACUGGAUCGUGCCGGUACGGCAUCAAGUGCUUUGGAGCACAUGACCCCAACAAACUAGCUCUCUGCCCUUCCGUCUCGCGCGGUGUCAGUUGCUUUGCAGGCCCUCGAUGCAGUCUCAGUCAUGUUCCCUCACCCGAAAGAUCCCCGCUGUGUCUGUUUUUCCAGUUGGGAAGAUGCAGUCGGGACAACUGCGUCUACGCCCAUACUGUUGUUAAUCCCACCGCUCCCCUGUGUACGGAUUUUGCUUAUGCUGGCUACUGUGACAAAGGCACACAAUGUGGGUAUCGCCAUCUGCGCCAAUGCCCCGAAUUCACAAAUACCGGAGAGUGUCAAGACAAUUACUGCCGGCUUCCCCACGUCGUCCGGUCGACUCGGACGAAGAUGCGAGACUCAAAUGGAUCUGGCACUUCGGCCGGGUCGGGGACUCUCGUUGGCUCUCCCGAUGAUGAAAAAUGGGAUGAUGAAUUGGACUCCGGUUCCCCCGUGACUGUCGACCGUGCCCCAGCUGAGGAAUACAUGAGUGGCCCAGGAGAUUUUGCCUCGCAAGAUGACUUCAUCCGAUUGUAG